CGCUGCGGGAGCGGCCGGCGGCAGGAGGGGCCCGGCGGCCGAUGCGUGCGCAGGGAGGGGGCUGUCAUCAGUCACAAAGAACAAUGGACUACUCAACAUCACCUUUAAAUAUGACAACUGCACUCCUUACCUGAGUUCUGUGGGAAGACACAUGAUUGGAGAUGUGCAGAACAUCACUAUCAGUCAGUUUGCCUGCCAGGAACAGGUGGCUGUGAUGAUCCUUUGGGCAGCAAAUGCCAUUGGGAUUGAAUACCUGAAGGGAUUUCGAGUAAUUCUUGAGGAGUUAAAGUCGGAGGGAAGACAAUGCCAGCAGAUGGUUUUGAAAGAUCCAAAGCAGCUCAGCCCCAGUUUCAAACGAACAGGAAUGGAGUCCCAGCCCUUUGUAAACUUGAAGUUUGAAACAGAUUACUUUGUAAAGAUUGUUCCUUUUCCUUCCAUUAAAAAUGAAAGUAAUUAUCACCCAUUUUUCUUCAGAACUAGAUCAUGUGAGUUGUUGCUACAGCCAGAAAACCUUGUUUGCAAGCCUUACUGGAAGCCAAGGAAUGUGAAUGUUACCCAGCAAGGCUUUAACAUGCAAGUGUCCUUUGAUCAUGCACCUCACAACUUUGGGUUUAGGUACUACUUUCUUCACUACAAACUGAAGCAUGAAGGACUGUUUAAGCAGAAGACCUGCAGACAGGAGCAGAACACAGACACUACAAGUUGUCUUCUUCAGAAUGUGUCUCCAGGAGAUUAUAUCAUUGAGCUGGUUGAUGACACUAAUACAACAAGGAAAACAAUGCACUAUGCACUAAAACCAGUGCACUCCCCGUGGGCUGGCCCCAUCAGGGCCAUUGCCAUCACAGUGCCUUUGGUUGUCAUCUCUGCCUUUGCCACGCUCUUCACUGUCAUGUGCCGCAAGAAACAGCAAGAAAAUAUAUAUUCCCAUCUAGAUGAGGAGAGCUCAGAGUCUUCAGCAUAUGCUGCAGGUAUCCAUGUGGAAAGACUUCGACCCCGGCCAAAAGUGUUCAUCUGCUAUUCCAGCAAAGACUGCCAGAAACACAUCAAUGUCAUCCAGUGCUUUGCUUAUUUUCUUCAGGACUUUUGUGGCUGUGAGGUGGCUUUAGAUUUGUGGGAAGAUCUGAAAAGCUGUAAGGAAGAUCAGAAGGAGUGGCUUAUUAAAAAAAUAAAUGAGUCACAGUUUAUCAUCAUUGUGUGUUCCAAAGGAAUGAAAUACUUUGUUGAAAAAAAGAACUGGAAGCACAGAGGAGUAACCAAAGAUGCAGGAAAAGGAGAACCCUUUCUCUUUGCUGUGCUGACUGUUGCAGAGAAGCUUCGGCAGGCCAGGCAGAACUCAGCUGACCUCUGCAAGUUCAUUGCAGUUUACUUUGAUUACUCCUGUGAGGGAGACAUCCCUGCCAUUCUGGAUCUGAGCACAAAGUACAAACUCAUGGACAAUCUCCCCCAGCUCUAUUCACACUUACACUCCAGAGAUCUUAGUGUACAGGAUUCAGAGGUGUUUCCUGUAAACAUCAGUAAAAGGAAUUAUUUCAGGAGCAAAUCUGGGAGGUCCCUUUAUGUUGCUAUUUGCAACAUGCAUCAAUUCAUUGAUCAGGAACCAGAUUGGUUUGAGAAACAAUUUAUUCCCUUCCCUCCACCUUCUUUACACUACUCAGAGCCUGUCAUGGAAAAAUUUGAUUCAGGCUUGGUUUUAAAUGACUUGGUGAAUAAACAGGUGAUGGAUGGUGAUUUUUACCUGAAAACAGAUCUAAACAUUUCAGUGGGGAAUUCAGACUCUCACUGUAUCAUUCAGCACUUAAACCUUGGAGAAGAUAUAGAAACUCAGGACAUUCCAGGUGGUGGCAGCUCUGUCCUUCAGCCAUUGCUACAUGUUGUUAAAGCUUCAAAUCUGAAAGACAUGCCUCGAGAUUCUGGGAUCUAUGAUUCAUCUGUCCCUUCAUCUGAAUUAUCUUUACCUUUAAUGGAAGGACUAUUGACAGACCAAAUGGAAACAUCUUCCAUUACAGGAAGUGUUUCUUCAUCAUCAGGUUUAGGGGAAGAAGAACCUCCUGUAAUGACUGCUACAAAAUUCUUAGUGCCUGGAAUAUGUAAAGCAGAACUUCAUUGCCACAUCCACUCUGAUGAACUGCAGGCAAUUGCUCCUUUAUAAUACAUUACAACAUUGUUAUGCAUUGCCACUUUAUCAACAGCCUCUGUUUGUGCUUUAACUACCACACUGUCUCAGCACCAAAUCUACUUGAAGGAACAAACUGCCCCUGAAGAAGAUCUGUUAUUCCAUUUUUUGUGGCCAGUAAACUUGAAUCUGAUGGUAUUUUUAUAAAAAACUCUUUCAUGAUUUGAAAAAGGUAGCAUGGAAAACCAGAAGAGCAUACAUUUAAAAUAAUUCCUGUUAUAAUUUAAAUGUCAUUAUAUUACACUGUUUACAGAUGCUAUAAUCAAUAUUUACUAUUUUUUCCUAGGAAUAACUUUGCAACUGGACAUAAAAUAGCUUGGAACACUAAGCCUUAGUAAAUUUUGUAGUCCAGCCUCUAGUUUUAAGUGCUGAUGUACUUGAUGGCAGGAGUGUUGUAGUGAAUGAGAACAGGAUAUUUUUUCAGAAGCAAGAUAAUGCCAAAGGUGACAUUAAGAAAUUCUUCAUCAGAAGAAAUAAUUUUCUUUUCAAAAUGUUUGAGCUCUCUUCCUCAGCCUCCUUAUCCCAGGUGCUAAUGUGUGUCAGCAUUUAAUUGCAGUGCAUGUCUCCCUCCUCUGCAUGGAUCUCCUCUGCAGUCUGGCUGUGGUGACUCACAGGCAGCCCCACUCUGAGGCUGAGGAUCAUUCUAUAAUAGACAGAAAUACAGGUCUUCCAUCUGCUGAAUGAUACCAUGGAAACAAAGCUUCCUGUUUCUUCUUGAAGGGCUAAUACAAAGAAUAAAGAGCUGGGAGAAGGAAGACCAUAUCUUGUAUUGAAGAUAUUCUAGGUUUGUUCAGCCAUGAGAGGAGUGUGCUUUAUGGGGGGUUCAUAUUAUCAUUUGAGGACAGGUGCUACAAAACCACCUGGGCUAAACCAAGCCAAGACCAGCAGUUAAGAGGCAGGAGUACUUUGUCUGGAGCCAAGCAGUGAACAGAAGCCAGUGAGUUAUUUUGCAGUUUACACUCCUUAUCAUCACUUAGUGAUGAAGAUUGUGUACUGUCACUAGUGUUAUAUUAAGGAAAAAUGCAAAAACUACCACUGGCCAUUUUUAUCUGCUGACACAGAGAAUGCAUGUCCUGUUUCCUGCAGUGACAGGUGGGUAAAUCUUCAUCCAAAAUGUCCCUCCUGUUUCCCAGGAGCAACUUUUCUGAAAUUAAAUGCAUCUCUGUAACUGCAAUUCCAGGCACUAUUACAGUAAUAAUGGGAGCAGCAAAUACUAAAGGACACCUCACCAAUGUGCCUUUGCUCAUUCUGGUCAGAGUCAAAUUCUGGCUCAUUUAACCUGUAUUCACAUUCUACUAGCAGGAGGUUGCUUUAAAGAGAAUUAAGGGAGAAUUCAAAUACCUCAAAUAUUCUCUUAGUUUUAUAGAUGAGAAUUAGACAUUGUUAACUGUUACAUUUUUUUAUCCAUUUUAAUAGCAUGAGAUAGAACUAUUAAGUGAUGAUUUUGGCUGAGUAGCUGUAAAGCUCACGGGUUGUUUUCUUGGGUUGUUUUUGUUUUGUUUUGGGUUUCUUUGUGUCAGUUUAUAUUUAAUCAUUGGAUUUUCCAAACAAAGGACUCUUGAGAUUGUUAUCACUGUUGCAGUAAGAAAGUGCUUUAACAAUUACUUGUGUAUAACAAUUAAUGGCAGAACUCUGACAUGCUUUGCAAUUGUAAUAGAGAAUUCUGUGAUCAUUUGGAUCAGCAUGUGUUGGAUCUGGAGGGCCUUGUCCAGUAAGGAAAUGUUCCUUAUUCUCUCUGCUUUCUGAAUUUCAAAGAACACUACAUGGAAGACUUCAAACUUUACAAUAUCGAAGUUGAGGUUAUUUUACACACACAGUGAAUCAUCUGUGCCUUUGAUGAUUUUUUUAAGGCUGUGCCUUGGGCCUUAUUGAAGGCAAAAUUCUCCAUGUUUGCCCAUUGCUUGAAGGUCAGACCAGGCACAAUCAUUUGGAGGUAAAUGCUCUUCCACUAAAUCCAGCUGUGAAGGAUAUCCAGCUAUGAUUUUGUGCAGUUCUUGUUAUUUUACUGGAGAAAGUGUUUGGAUUGAAUAAGACAAGGCAGAAAAGUGACACAACCUGUGUGCUGAAGAUCUGCUGUGCAUAGAAAUGCCAAAGCUGCACAACAUGAGAAGGAGGAGGAGGAGGCAAUUUCUUAGCAGUGAGCUGGUGAAGGUAAUGCUGCUCUUAUCCAUGGGAAGUCUCAGCUCACUUACUGUUAUUCAGUGCUGGGCUAAAGAUUGGGAAGAUUUCCUUGUUCCAUUGAAUACAGUGGCAGAAUCAGUAUUAUGAAAUGAAGUUCAGUUUUCAUUUUGAGCUCUAAGAAAGCUGAGUGUUGAAAAGGGAUGAAGGCAGUUGCACAAAGAAUUGCUUGUCAUUAAUGGUUUUUUUAUUUGUUCAAAAUUUGCUGUACAAUCUUGCAAAACUUAUUUGUUAAUUAUGAAAAGUCUAUGCAGAUGACAGUCACAUCUAGGGGUGGGAGGGAAGAAAAAUUCCUUUAUUCCUUCUUAGCUUAAGGUGGAAGCAGCAUAUUUUAUGUACUCAGAAGAAAGACAGUAUAAUUAAGUGAAAAUAUAGAUUAGGAUGGCCCACACCUCAAGUUUACAAAAGUAAGAGAAGUAAUACUUUAACUUAGUAUAGCUUUUUUACAAAGUCACAGUUCUUAAAACAGUUAGAUAUUGAGAUGCUGGAAGGACAUAGUACUGGAUUGGCAAGAGUUCUUUAUGCUGGGAGUAGCAGCAAAAAUCCUUGUAAGAAUUAUUUUUUUAAAGAUAUGUUAACACACAUCCUAGAGGUUAGCUUACUACUGUUUCCAAGCAUUAGUAAAUUCUAAACAUCAUCUUAAUGGUGAAAGGAUCCCUUUAAUUUCUGCUACAUUCACCUGUGUGGACACUGUGUAUUUCAUAGUGUAUUUUCUGGAAGGGUGAAGAAACAUUGGAAAGCUGAAGGCUCAAGAUGUGACAGUGUGUUCAGCAUUUUGAAUGGGAGUAUAGUUGCCAUAAUUUGUACCUGUCCAUGGACACAUCAACUGUUGAAAAUAGACUGCACAUGACAUUUUCAGAAAUAAUGUUUUGUCAUACUUUAAUUUAGAAGUUAAAUACCAAAAUAAAAUAUUUUUGUGUAAUUUCAUUCAUUGGGCUUUUCUUAUACUAUUAAAAAGAAAUGGCUUAAAAGUGCAAUGAUUUUAUCCUGCACACUUUGAGUCCUGCAGUUCCACACAACACACAAGCAGCCAGACCUCCUAGCUGCUGUGCAUGCCCCGCAUGGGAGGGAAGCAGCUCUUUCGAUGGGUCUUUGUUAUAGUCGAGCAACUCUAAGAAAUGUUAACUUCUAAAACUUCUGUAUGGGAUGGACUGGGUCAGAUUUUAUUUUUUAAUAAAAUUGCGUUUAAUAUGA